AUGCAGCUGCUCACCACACUGGCGCUCAUGUUCUUUGGGGCACUGGCAUGCGGCUGCGCGCCCUUCUUCCUCCGCGUGAAAGACACGCACCUGCAGACGGUUGCAGCGCUCGGGGCGGGCCUGAUGAUCGGCUCGGCGCUGGCCGUCAUCAUCCCCGAGGGCUUCCAUGCCUUUGCGGAGCCUGGGCACGAGGAGCACGAGGAGGGCCUGCCAGAGGGGCUGGCGGGGCUGGUCCUCAUCUGUGGCUUCCUGGCCAUGCUACUACUCGACCACCUGCAGCAUGCGGCAGGUGGCAGCUCGGCCCCGCCGCCGCCGCCGGCCGACCCUCAGAGCGCCAUCACGGGGCUGCUCAUCCACUGCGCCGCCGAUGGGCUGGCCAUGGGCGCUGCUUUCCUCUCUGGCGACGCCCGCCUCACCAUGCUGAUCGCUGCCGCCAUGGUGCUCCACAAGGCUCCCAUGGCCUUUGGGCUGGCCACCUACCUCAUGGCCUGCCAGUGGACCUUCCAGCGCUCCCAGAAGACGCUGCUGCUGUUUGCGGCGGCGGCACCCGCCGCCACGCUGGCCACCUACGGCCUGCUGGGCUCGCUGGCGGUGCUGUCCUCGCCCGGGGCCGUGGCCCUGUGCGUGCUCUUCUCGGGCGGCACCUUCCUGUAUGCCGCCACCAUGCACAUCCUGCCAGAGGUGCUGCAGAGCGGCGGCGGGGGCGGCCACGCCCGCAUGAGCAGCAGCCAGCUGGCGGCGGUGGCGCUGGGCAGCCUGCUACCGGUGGCGCUCAGCUGGGGCCACCACCACUGA